AUGGUGACAGAAGACAGGUAUGCAUUGGAAGUGAUAGGUGAGAAAAACAGAAAUGCUGUGGAAUGCGAAGGCUACUGUCAAGAAGGUGCUGGAAAGUGUGAAGAAGCAGCGAGGACGACCCCCGGAUGGAUCAAACCCACGCUGUAUACCCCUGUUCAGAGCCGCCAUGACCCAAGAAAGGCUGGAGGGGAUGCUGAAGGAGACGAAGCCAAGGUGAAGGACGAGCCACAGAGAAGAUCUGCAAGGUUGUCUGCUAAACCUGCUGCUCCUACAAAGGCCCCUGCAAAGAAGGGAGAGAAGGUUCCCAAGGGGAAGGGGAAGGUCGAUGUCGGUAAGGAUGCGAAUAAUCCUGCAGAAAACGUUGAUGCCAAAACAGACCAGGCACGGAAAGCUGACAGUGCUGGAGAUGCCAAGUGACACGUGUGCAUUUCUGAUAACUGUGUACUUCUGGUGACUGACGGUACAAUU